UUAUGGGACUAAUUUGGCAACCCAAGAUGGCGGCUCCUUGUAUGAGUUCCAGGACCUUUGCCCUGGUUAUUCCUCGUUGUUCGUAUUGUGGUGGGUCUUGGUUGUCCAAGAUGAGAUAUCGGCUGUUCUCCAAUUAUGAAACAGAAGAGAAAAGUACGCAUUUCGGAUACAAGAGAGUGUCAGAACAAGAGAAGACCCAGAAAGUUUACAAGGUGUUUGAAAAUGUAGCAAGUUCAUAUGACAAAAUGAAUGAUGCCAUGAGCUUAGGAAUACACAGAUUGUGGAAAGACAGACUUAUCAGGGUUCUUAACCCUCCUGAGGGAACAAAACUUUUAGAUGUUGCUGGAGGAACUGGUGACAUUGCAUUCAGGUUCCUUAACCAUGUUAAGAACAGAUCACCCAGGGGCAGACAAAGAAUGGAAACUGCUGACGCUCAUGUUACUGUGUGUGAUAUCAACAAAGCCAUGCUUGAUGUCGGCCAACAGAGGGCUGCAAGAUUCAAUCACUCUUCAGAUAUAUCAUGGAUUCAAGGAGAUGCAGAAGAGUUGCCUAUAGCCACUGCAUCAGUUGAUGCUUACACCAUUGCAUUUGGGAUUCGAAAUGUUACAAGAAUACCCAAGGCUUUGACUGAAGCUUACAGAGUUCUAGCCCCUGGUGGAAGAUUCCUUUGUCUGGAAUUCAGUGAAGUGAAAAAUGAGCUCUUAGCAAGUGCCUAUGAGAAGUACUCUUUUGAUGUGAUACCUGUGAUGGGACAUAUCAUUGCUGGAGACUGGAAAUCAUACCAGUAUUUAGUGGAAAGCAUCAGACAAUUUCCAAACCAGGAAGAGUUUGCAGGCAUGAUAGAAGAUGCUGGAUUCAGUCAUGUGACAUACAAGAACUUAACGUUUGGAAUAGCAGCCAUUCACUCAGGGUUUAAACUAUAAAGUGGUUCUUUGACUGCAAAUUUAGAAAAAUUAUUAACUCUACCCUUUCGACCUCAAACUGUUAACAAAUAGUUGUUCCUGGAUAAGUCUGUACAAAAUCUAAGAAUGAAUAAAUCAAUUUAUAUUCAACCAUUUAA